AUGGUACGUGCAUAUGUCUUCACCCCCUUUGCUAUGAAGCCCCUAAUAGCCCCUAAAGAUCUGGACCCCUGUCAGUCACAGGCCCUUAGAAUCUUCCUAACCCCCCCCCCCCCCCCCCCCCCCCCCACACUGAUGGGACUGUGCUGCCUAGUGGGCCUCCCUGCAAAUAUCGCUGUCGUGGUGGUCAUUCUGCGCCAGGUAAAAAUAGAUAAUGUCACCCUGAAACUGAUGCUGAAUCUGGCUUGUUCUGACAUCCUGUGUCUGGCCUCCCUCCCUGUGUGGAUCUAUUCCCUCCUGUGUGGUUGGAAUCUUGGCCGUGGGCUUUGUAAGUUCUUCUCCUUCAUGGUCUAUUGCAGCCUAUACAUCAAUAUCAUGACUGUAACUAUGAUGAGUGUGCAGCGCUACGUGUCGGUUCUGUACCCCCACCAGUGGGCCAGGCUGGGAAGGAGAGGUGAGAAGAUAUUGCUACCUGCACUAUGGGGACUUGCAUGCAUCCUAACUGGGCCUGCUGUUGCAACAAGGAAUACAGUGGUUACUGGUUCUCGUCUAAGUUGUCAAAGACACACUGAAUCGGACUGGGAAAUAGUGGCUGUUCUUUUACUUGAGACUUUGGUGGGUUUUGUUCUGGGUUCCAUUCUGGUCACCUUUUAUUUCUUACUUCACAAGCGAGUGAACCAGACAGCCCUCUUCAGCACCCAAAGGAUGACCAGAUUGGUCACUGGAAUUACUGUGACCUUCAUCAUUCUCUGGGUUCCUGUUCAUGUUGUUAACAUUGUGGACAUCUCAGCCACCUUACUGAAGUAUUCACACCCUGUUACAUCUGCUAAACUGAAGACCUUUGGGAAGUUGACAGGGGACUUUGCAAAGUGCCUUACAUUUGUUAACAGUUGUGUGGACCCCUUUCUGUAUGCGUUUGCCUUUCAGAGAAUUUGGCAGAGAAGACCAGCUAAGCGGGAGAAAGCAGACCCUGCUAUUCAGAUCUGUGUGUGAUAAUUCUGUCAAUCAUUUAUGCUUUUUUGUGAUUGUUAUAUUUUUAUUUUAUUUGAGGUGUGCAUUUAAAUCAGAGUGAGGGGGGCACCACGGCUUUGAAGCAAAGAGGUUACCUAUAUUGGGAUAACGUUUAAAAUGUUAACACUGUCAAAAAAUGGCUUCAUCAUGAUUUGCCAAAGACCAACAAUGUUGGUAAAAGCAGAAACAGAAUGAAAUUUUAAAAAAAUUAUCACUAAUCAGCUUGAAGCAAUCUUCAAUGUCUCCUUUCAAACCAUGCAAAGUUGGUCAGUACUCAAAUGCAUCAAGGCAACAUAGUAACUGCAAAAUUGAAAGCAAAAUUAUCAACUCGCUUUGCAGGAAGUGGGAGAUAAGAGUAGGUGAGAACUUUCUUGUCAGUAUCUGCAGCAUGACUGUCACGCCCUGACCAUAGAGAGCCCUUGGUUCUUUAUGGUGUAGUAGGUCAGGGCGUGACUAGAGGGUGUUCUAGUUCAAUAUUUCUAUGUUGGUGUUUUGUAUGGUUCCCAAUUAGAGGCAGCUGGUAAUCGUUGCCUCUAAUUGUGGAUCAUAUUUAG